AUGGAUCUCUUCGCAACCGCCUGCGACAACUUCCGCCUGGUCAUCAACACGGAGAAGGCGAUGUUCAUGCACCAACUGCCACCCGACGCUGCCUACGGCGCAUCAAAGAUCAACGAGAACGGCGCCCAACUGCAAGUUGUGGAUAACUUCAUUUACCUGGGCGACAUCCUCUCCUGUAACACCAAAAUCAACGAUGAAGCAGCCCGUCAGAUUUCCAAAACCAGCCAAGUCUUCGGUGAUCUGGAAAUCGUCGUCUAGAACCGUCGAAGUCUUUAUCUUAACACCAAACUGGAGAUGCACAAGGCAGUUAUCCUGCCGAUAAUGCUGUAUGGAGCAGAGACCUGGACGGUGCACAAGAAGCGGGCGCGAAGACUCAAUUAUUUCCACCUCAGCGGUCUUCGACGGAUACAGAAGGUGAGGCCGCAGGACCGGACCACGGACAAGGAUAUACGGGAGCGGACGGGAAUCCUCAGCAUUUACGCCAUUCUGAGACAACUGCAACUACGUUGGAGCGGCCACCUCGUGCGGAUAGACGAUGAGCGACUACUCUUACGAAUCUUCUACGGAGACGUCGCCAGAGGUUCCCGCUGACAAGGAGGCCAAGUCCGUCACUAUAAAGGCAAUCUGAAGACUUCCCUGAAGCGCCUGCAGAUCAACCCGGCCAACUUGGAAGACCCCGUCCGAGACCGAACGACUUCGGGUAGGAGGGUGAAAACAAGUGCAACGAUCUACAAAGCUACCCGCAUCACCACCACUAAAGCCGAACGCGAGACUCGCAAAUCCCAACUGCGCCCACUCCGCAGUGCCAACGCUCAACCGCCUCCGACCUGCCCGCGCGCCAGCGGACAAGUUGAGCACUAAUCAACCUUUUAGGACUUCUUCGUACCAACUGCGACAUCAAGACUACACCAGUCGCUGUCUCCCCGCUCAACUCUGCCUCAUCCCCCACUUCGACAACUAACACUGACCACACUCCCGAACCCCCUCCACCAUCCUCAUCCUCCUCCACUGCUCCAAAAUCCACUGCGGCGGCUCCUGUAGCUACCACCACUGCACACAAUUCUGACACACCAACAAACAUCAACCUCUCCGCCGUCAACGGCAGCGAUGUGAACUCGAUCCAUACCUGUCCUUAUUGCGACUGCAUCUUCAACUCACACAUUGGCCCGGUCGGUCACUUACGCAUCCAUCGCACAGAGACUGGCGAACCAGUGAAUGAAGCACCAACCUAA